UACUCUGGGGAGCAAGAUGCCCUUACGAAGGUCGAAAAAUUCUUCACGAAGAUCCGCGAAGUACAUGUCCUCACCAAAUACAGUCUUUAUGUUAUUCCUGUGGCUGCACUGCUCGCCAUUCCUCUCAUACUUACGGACACGAUCUACGCCGACGCGCGAGCCGGAGGAAUUCGCCUGCUCGGCAUCUUCAUCUGGAUCGAGGUCAUCUGGGUCGCGCUCUGGCUCUGCAAACUCAUUGCUUCUAUCGUUCCCUACGUAUUCCAGUCGACAGCCGGUCUCAUCAGCGCCGGCAUCAGGAAGUACACCACCGUACUCGAGGCGCUAGAGAUUCCAAUAUCGCUUUUCCUAUGGUCAAUCGUCAGUUUCGCCACAAUCCCCAUAAUCUGCGUCCUUGACCAGGAUCGUUGCAAUGCCAGCUGGCUUACCACUCUCACGACGGUGUUCAAAGCUCUCAUAAUUGUUGCCGCCAUCUUCCUCGCUGAGAAAACCCUUGUGCAGCUCGUGGCAAUCAACUACCACAGGAAGCAGUACUCCACCAAGAUACAAGAGAGCAAGAAACUCAUUCGCCUUUUCGAUUUACUGUACGACGCAUCACGUGCUCUCUUCCCAGAGUACUGCAAAGAGUUUGCUGAGGAAGACGCUGAGAUGCAAGGCAACACACUGGCCGAUGUCAGAGACACGCUUGCCCAUGCUGGCAUCCAGACAAGGGUCUUCAACGACAUGGGAAGGGUGCGUGACAAGGUAACGGCGGCCUUCGGAGCAAUGGCCAGCGACAUCACCGGCAAGCAAGUGUUCAGCGCCACCUCUGCUCACUCCAUCGUGCUGGAAGCUCUAGAGACAGAGCGCGCCUCUAAGGCGCUAGCCCGAAGGCUUUGGCUCUCUUUCGCCGGUGAGGGCAAAGAUGUCCUACUUAAGCACGACCUUAUCGAGGUACUCGGCGUCAACCGCAGCGAGGAGGCUGAAGAGAUCUUCCACGCUCUCGAUCGCGAUGGGAAUGGAGACGUCAGCCUCGCGGAGAUGACACUGCUGGUGCUCAGCAUCGGACAGGAACGUAAGGAUAGAGCCGCCAGUAUGCAGGACAUCUCUCAGGCCAUUGCUGUGCUUGAUCGCUUGCUCAGCUUGAUCGUCGUGGCUUCCGUUGCAUUCAUAUACGCCACAUUCUUCAGCAAGACCUUCUCGGCCAAGACCGCCCAGCUCUGGACCACGUUUACCGGCCUUGCAUUCGCUAUUGGCGGGACGGUCACCGAGUUCCUCGCUUGUGUGAUCUUUCUAUUUGUCAAGCAUCCUUACGAUGUCGGCGACCGAGUCGACAUCAGCGACGUCGAGCUUGUCGUGCAGCACAUCAGCCUGAUGUACUCCGUCUUCCGGCGCGUCGACAGCGACAAGGUUGUGCAAAUACCGCACAACGUAGCCAAUUCUCUCUGGAUCGAGAAUAUCUCUCGCAGUAAGCAGAUGAAGGAGAGAGUAAGCAUCUGCGUCUCGCCCGCAACGACCAUCGAGGACGUGCUGGCUCUCAAACACGAGCUUCACAAGUUUGUCAGUGCCGAAGAGAACAGACGCGACUUCCGGCCAGAGAUGGACAUUGAGCUGCGCAACCUUAACGACCUUACCAAGCUUGAGCUCAGAGUUGAAAUCCAGCACAAGUCAAACUUCGCCAAUGAUCAUCUUCGCAACGCAAGACGCAACAAGUUCAUGGUUGAGCUGCUUGCUGCCUGCCGCCGAAUUCCGAUUGAUCCGCCUGGAGGCUCUGCGCCAGUGAUGGGAGAUCUCACGAACCCGCAUUACAGUGUAACAAUUUCGGAACAGGAAGCUCACGCGGCGAAGGCGAAGCGUGCCGAAGAUGCCCUUGCGGCCAGACUG